UUAUAAUGGGAGAGGAGCAGCAUUCGAGAAAGCGAUCUCGACAGCAUUUUGAAGCAGAGGAGACCAGACACAUAUCUUUGCUAAAGUCUCCUCGAUGCGAAACGGCAAAGUGGUAUUUCAGCAAGGAAGAGAUUGAGCGCUUCUCUCCAUCUAGGAAAGACGGGAUUGAUCUGGCCAAGGAGUCGUUUUUGCGCUCUUCCUAUUGCACCUUCCUUCAAAGACUCGGCAUGAAGCUUCAUGUCUAAAGAGGGUGCUGUUAUGCAUGACAAUGGCUUGCCUAACUGUUGAGUUUUGUCCUAGGGCCACUGUGGGAGGUGGUCUGGAGGUUCUCCACCUAUAAGUUUGUCUCGUGAAUGGAUAAUUAUGUAAUACUAGUCAAAAAUUUUGGUGUCAUAAAUUGGAUCACUUCUCUUCAGCAAAUAGGAGGGCCUUGCUUCUGUCAUGAACUUGCUUUGGGAGCUGUUUGACCUGUUUUUAGACAUGCCCUUCUGAUUUAUAUGUCUGUGUUAAUUUGUAUUUCUCUGCUGGGUUUUCAAAACCUAUCAGCUGUUCCUACCUGUUGUUAGUUUUCUGACCAAGUGCACGUGUCUCUCCGGCCUACUAUUUUUGAAUCAUCCAUCAUAGGUACUGGUGUAUUUUCAUUGUUAUCAAAUCCUGGUUUCACGGUGUGAGCUAUGUGUAGCUUUUAGUAGCUGAAGAUAAAUUGUAAUAAUGAACUUGCUGGUGAUAUGGUUUUUUUUUGGGUGCUAUUGAAGGGUUUUGUGACAAUCUCAUUUGCUUCAGGUCCCAAGUUAUAAUAGGGUGUGCUAUGGUGAUGUGUCACCGGUUUUACAUGCGCCAAUCUCAUGCAAAAAAUAACUGGCAGACGAUAGCAACUUCUAGUCUCUUCCUCGCUUGCAAAGCUGAAGAUGAGCCGUGUCAACUCUCCAGCGUUGUUGUUGCGUCUUAUGAAAUCAUUUAUGAGUGGGAUCCUUCUGCCUCAAUUAGAAUCCAUCAAACUGAAUAUUACCAUGAAUUUAAAGAAUUUAUUUUGGCCGGGGAGAGGCUUCUGCUGGACACAAGUGCUUUCCAGCUUCUAGACGUCGAGCUUCCGUACAAACCUCUGGCUGCAGCUUUGAAUAGCGUGAACGCUUGGCCUGACCUUGCAACAGCUUCAUGGAAUUUUGUGCACGAUUGGCUUCGAACGACACUGUGCUUGCAGUACAAACCUCAUGUUAUUGCAACUGCCACUGUGCACCUAGCUUCCACGUUUCAGAAUGGUAAAGUAGGCAGCAGGAGAGAUUGGUGGUUAGAUUUUGGAGUGACAACCAAGCUGUUAAAAGAGGUGAUCCAGGAGAUGUGCAUGCUGAUAGAAGCGGACAGAAGGAGGACUAUGCCUCCGCCUCCGCCUCCAAGAAGAGAGGUAGCUUGGGCAAUACCUGCACCCUUAAAGCCUCCGGUCCAUAUGUCUAGAGGCUAUCCGUUUCACAGCUACCCUUUGCAGUCCUAUAGACAGCCUGGAAUUUGGUGAGAGCCAAUUGUUCAGCAGCUUGAAGAUGUAAUCUCUCUCUCUUGUAGUCUUGAGUUUGGUCGAUAGACAAAGGAAGAUUCUGUGGAGAGAGGCAGUGUAAGGUUACAUAGCAGUCGGAGUGAGGUUUUUAUGUGGCUAAGUUAAGCCUUCUCAGGUGUGACUAUCUUUCACCAGAGUGAAUCUCUCUCAAGAUUCUUCUUGUUUGUUCUGUUACAUAGAGAUUAUGUAGAGUUGUUGGUUAUUACAAGUGUCCACACGCUUGUUACAACACUAGCAAAACCUUUAUGUUAUUGUACAUCUGGAAUCUAUAUUUUGGGUUAAUUCAAAUUGUUUUCGACUUA